GCCCGACCUGGCUCCUCCCCAGGCCCGCCCGGGCACGUUUAUCUUGUGACUGAGGCGGUCGCUUCUUCUUCCUCGCCCUUGGAACCUGUUCAGCUGCGAUGCGUUUCCUGGCCGUCGCGUUCGUGCUCCUGGCGCUCAGCGCCUCCGCCCUGGCCGAACCUGUGUCUUUCAAGGACUGCGGUUCUGGGUUUGGAGUUAUAAAGGAACUGAACGUGAGCCCAUGCCCCACGCAGCCCUGCAAACUGCACAAAGGCCAGUCUUACAGUGUCAAUGUCACCUUCACCAGUAAUAUUGCAUCUCAGAAAAGCAAAGCUGUGGUGCACGGAAUCGUGAUGGGCUUACCAGUUCCCUUUCCCAUCCCUGAGCCUGAUGGUUGUAAGAGUGGAAUCAACUGUCCCAUCCAAAAAGACAAGACCUACAGCUACCUGAAUAAACUACCUGUGAAGAAUGAAUACCCCUCUAUAAAAGUGGUGGUGAAGUGGGAGCUUCUGGAUGACAAAGACCGGAGUCUCUUCUGCUGGGAAAUCCCAGUGCAGAUUGAAGACUAGAGGCGUUGGUGCCAGCAUGUUGCCUGGGGGUGAGAAAGCAACGGGUGGAGGGAGGGCAGAAGUCAAGUCUAACCUCAAUAAAAGGGAUUUCAACACAGCUGUGUUGUGCCUCUCAGCCUCCAGAAGGUUCCAGACCCUAUUUCUUGAGAGCUCAGAACUAUUGCCCUUGUAAUAUCUUUGGUGAAGGGUUAGAAAAAAGAAGAGAAGAGAGAGAGGGAUAGGCAUGGAUUUAAUUGUCUUCAGUAUUUUUUGGCAUUGGAAAAAGAAAGGUCCAGCCAGUCAGGACCCGAAUGAGGCUGCUUCGGGCUAUUGGAUAACCUGCCCUUGGGUUAUCGGCCCUCGCAGCGGAGGAGGGUUUCCAAACCCCCCCCCCCCGCCCCCCACCUAACUGGGGUAUUACAUCUGCAAGUUCCUCAUCUCCAAGUGCCUCACUGAGUUCAGUGCGUCGGGCCAGCGAGCCUGCUGACUCUUAACAGCACCUGCUGGUCUUCUGCUUCAACAGUAGUGACUUGCUGGCCGGUGGGGCCCAGCAGCUCGGUGGAGGGGAGGCGCUCAACGACAGAAACUCCACUCUGAAUGGACAGUUGUCUGCGGUUACCCCAGCUCCUUUUCUGUCUUAGGUGAUUUUCAUUAAAUGCAACACUUGAUUAACA